AUGAAUCAUGAGCAUCCAAGUGAAUUCCGCAGUCAAAAGAUUUUGACUUCACACACUGUGGUGCGUACCAUCAUUGCGCUGCUGGAAGUUUUGGAAAGGGUGUGCCUCCUCAUCUCCCCUGAGGCUAUUCGCGCUUUCAAGUCUUUGGUGUUUCAUUUCCAUCUCGGCUUUUCUUUUCAGUUCCUUCCUCUCCGCCCUACUCCGCUUGGGGAACUCCGAGUCCGGUCCUUGUAG